AUGUCUAAUAUGAACUGCUUCUGCAAAAAGAUGAGACGCACAUCUCCCGUGCAUGGCAGCAGUAGAAACGAGCUGGUCCCCUCUAAGCCUCCCAGGGUGAACGGAUGGUCAUGGCCCCCUCAGGCUUUCCAGGUGGUUGGCUGGCUGGUGUACAGCUACCUCGCCAUAGUCAGCUUUGGCAUCUAUAUCCCUCUUCUGCCUCUGCCAUGGAACCUCGUGGUUUAUGCCCUGACUGGCAUCACAUUUAUUGUACACUUUAUCGCUCAUAUUGCUGCUGUGACAAUAGACCCAGCAGACGUCAGUGUGAGGGCCAAACGGAGAUAUUCCAGCCCAAUGGCCUUUUUUGACAGGACUAAGCAACCGCAUGUCAUCCAGGACCUACACUGUUAUCUGUGUGACGUCAAGGUUGGCCCCAGAGUAAAGCACUGUGGCGUUUGCAACAAGUGUGUGGAAGACUUUGAUCACCAUUGCAAAUGGCUGAACACCUGUGUGGGUGGCAGAAACUACUGGUGCUUCUUUUUUGCACUGUCCUCUGCUACGCUAGGUGUCUUCCUGCUCGUUGUUGUCAUUUCUUUUAUAUUUAUUCAGCAUUACCUGGAUCCAAACAGCCUCCGCACCGCCCCACAGUAUGACAUUAUGCUGGGGAAUGGUACCUGGCUGGCGUUUUUACCCUUAGCGCCCAUAAAGACUAGUUCAGCUGGUCUCCUUAUAUUAGCGUUCAUGACGGGUAUGCUGAGCAUCACCUGCAUGCUGCUACUCAGUCAUCUGCUGGCCUUCCACUUUUACCUCUUUUAUAAAGGCAUAAGCACAUAUGAUUAUGUAAAGAGGCAGCGGCAAAAAGAAGCCAGAGACAUCGAAGCAGGAAAUCCACAAGAUGUGAAAAUCAAUAGCAAGGCCCCACAGAAUCAAGAGAGCUCCAUUGACUGUGAACCAGCAUUAUCCAAUAGUUCAGGUACCUGGACAUUUGACGAUACAGGCCCAUUCACAAGCCGACUUUCAGAGUCCAUAUUCACAGAGGUGGAGAACUUUAAGAAAUCUGCAGAUAAAGAGAAUAGUUUCCAUUAUGGCACAGAAAAUCCCACAAAGAACACAGCAAGGGAAAUGUCUGGGACAGACAACACAAGCUGGAAGCCUGACACUAAAGAGGCUCCGAGUGCAAGUGAGCAGUCUGAUCCCCAUGUUCCUGGAGUGCAGGACCCUCUGGGGAGCUCAGUUAUGACUAGAUGAUACUUAGCAGUAACUCAUGUUUGCAUGAAUGUAUAAUGAAAAUAUGUAUCAUGAAACUGAGCCACCCAACCAUGGAGCAUUGUUAUAAGGGCAGAGGACCCAUUGGACUUCAUACCAAAGUUAGAUCUUGGGACAGUUAUUUCACCCAGUGGACAUUUUGUAUGCAGUCAGAAGCUGUGGACCCGUCAUUGUGUGUUGUCCUUUUUUUUUUAAUCUACACUGUGUUUUUUAUAACUGUUGAAUUAUUUAAAGCAUUGUUUUAUCUCACUCACGCGUAUAGAGUCAAAGUCCAUGUUGACCUUUGUUCCACUGAGCCUGAGUCAGAUAGCUGGAUGUACUCUGGCAUAAGGCUGGAACAUGCUACUGGAUGUUACUAUUCAUAUUGUAAGCCAAUAAUUGGUAUUGAA